UCCGCCCCUGCCUCACCACCACCUCCGGGGUGGCCAGGGACACCCACAACCGUCGCCUUUAACGGUGCCGGUGUCCCCGCGUGUCCCAGGUGAAGGGUGGCUCCACCUCGUCCCUCCCCUCGGCGCCUUCCUGCCUUCCUUGUGCCUGUCACUGGGGAUUAGCACAGGGACAGACCCAGGCUUGGGGACAGGGACAGGGCCACCCGCCACCUCGUCUGGAUGUAGGAGGCCCAGCUGGCCGGGGAGGACCGAGGGUGGCAUCCCCCAUCCCUGUGGUGGGCGAGGACGGGGACCCCCCUGCGCCCCACCAGCCCUUGGGGGCACCAUGAAGGACCGGCUGGAGCAGCUCAAGGCGAAGCAGGACGCGGACGAUGACACCGAGGAGCUGGAAAUUGCCGUGGACAACACGGCGUUCAUGGACGAGUUCUUCUCGGAGAUCGAGGAGACCAGGCAAAACAUUGACAAGAUCUCGGAGAAUGUGGAGGAGGCCAAGAAGCUCUACAGCAUCAUCCUCUCGGCCCCCAUCCCCGAGCAGAAGACCAAAGAUGACCUGGAGCAGCUAACGGCAGAGAUCAAGAAAAUGGCCAACAGUGUCCGCAACAAGCUGAAGAGCAUGGAGAGGAACAUUGAGCAGGAUGAGGCACGGUCCUCCGCCGACCUCCGGAUACGCAAGUCCCAGCACUCGGUCCUGUCCCGCAAGUUCGUUGACGUCAUGACCAAGUACAAUGAGGCACAAGUCGACUUCCGGGAGCGCAGCAAGGGCCGGAUCCAGCGCCAGCUCGAGAUCACCGGCAAGAACACGACGGACGAGGAGCUGGAGGAGAUGCUGGAGAGCGGGAACCCCUCCAUCUUCACCUCAGGGAUCAUGGACUCGCAGAUCUCGAAGCAGGCGCUGAGCGAGAUCGAGGGGCGUCACAAGGACAUCGUGCGGCUGGAGAGCAGCAUCAAGGAGCUCCACGACAUGUUUGUCGACAUCGCCAUGUUGGUGGAGAACCAGGGUGGGCUGCUGGAUAACGUGGAGCAGUACGUGAUGCACACAGCCGAGCACGUGGAGCAGGCAAACCAGCAGACCAAGAAGGCGCUCCAGUACCAGGGUCAGGCGCGCAAGAUGCUUCCGACUGUCCCAGCAGUGACGUCUCCCUGUGGGACCCUCCCUGGCACCGUGGCUCAGCCCCCUCCUCUCCCCACUUCUGGACCCACUGCCCUCAGACCCCUCGAGCCUUCCUCCAUGGAGGGGUCCCAUCACCGGAACCCUUUCCCCUGCUGGACCAUCCCCUGCAGCCCCUGCUGUCCUGCCGCUCCCUGGGGUCUGCCCCUCUUGUCGUCGUGUCCCCUGGGGAAAGGGGGCAGUACUCAACUAUUUAUUUUCCCUUUGCUGAUAAAUCAACUUCUCCUGAUCCCCCCUCUCUUGCUGGGGGGAGCGAGGGGGCGGGUGGCCAUGCUGGCACCGUGACACCGUGGGGAUGUGGCAGCAAGAGGAGAGGAGGUGCCUUGCUCGGGGCAGGUGAGGGCCGGACCCUCACCCACACGGAUGUCCUGGGAGGACAAGGGAUGGGGAUAUGGUCAGGACAGGGGGUUUGGUGGCACCAGCAGCUGCCGGCGGGUCUGGCCAUGCUUUGCUGUCCCCCACGCCACAGCAGACGGAGCCACCGGGGACCCUGUCCCCUCUUGGCCUUGAGGUCCGCAGCUGGCAUGUCCCCUGACGCUGACUGCCCUGGCACCACGGGGAGCUGGGGCGGGAGGACGCGGUGGUUGUGGUUAUUUAAUUCCUAUUACAAUAAAGAUCCCUGCUGAUGCC